ACUGUUAAAUGAUAAAACGUCGAAGAAAAUGAUUCGUUCAAUAUUAAAUAGAAUAGAGGAAAAAACAUGGAACUUUGACAUCAUUUUCAGAUGUAUUAUCCAGAUAAAAAACGUUAGGUAUACCUAACGUAGUGUUUGUACCUUUUCACUGUAAAAUACAUGAAAGCGCGUCUAUAUCUUCGUUCAAUGGACAAUUAGUAUAAUUUAAAUACUUAAGCGAGGAAGGUUAAAAAAGGAUACUACAAGUGUCAACGAGAGAUGACAGACGAGGCCAUGAUAGAAAACAGUUAUGGUGCCGACAACAGUGCAUGAAAAUAAAAAUCUUAUUAACAUACUUGUAUUAUACCGAAGUUAGAUAAAUUAAACAAACGUGUACCUUUUGCACCAUGUGGAUAAUUUUUAUAGAUAAUGUUUCAAUAAUGUUGCAAUAAUAGAGUAACGUUUUUUCGUAGAAGAUACAUAUAUAAUUAAUAGCAAUAUAUAGAGCAAUAUCAAAUUGAUGUGGAUCAUGAUUAUUAUUUUAUUCACCAGUAUCGAGGUGAAUGAACUGUGAUGGAGUGGAUAAACACUACUACAAUAUAUAUUAUAACAUGGAGUUGUUUGAUAUGGGGUUUCCAUUCAGUUCCCCAAGUACCCCCAAAACAAGUUCCAUGUGAUAAAACACGGAAGGUAUUUACAGAAUCUUGGGGAAUAAUUAGCGAUGGUCCUUUAGGUUCAAAUUAUACUCAAGAUUCUCACUGUGAAUGGCUUAUUAAAGCAAACAACAGUCAUCAAUUCAUUACACUUAGUUUUCGUACAAUGGGUACAGAAUGUAGUUACGAUUAUGUAUUUGUUUACGAUGGAGAUUCUUUUCAUUCACCACUUUUGGGUAGUUUUAGUGGCAAAACAGAACCGCAGCAAGUGACGUCGUCAUCUGGUUAUAUGUUAAUAUUACUAUAUAGUGAUACAAAUUAUGUUCUGGAUGGAUUUCAUGCUGAAUUCUCAGUUAUGGAUUGUCCUAAUAAUUGUACAAAUCAUGGAAAAUGUAUUAAUAAUACUUGUUUUUGUGAAAAUGAUUGGGGUGGUAAAGAUUGCUCUAGAGCUUUAUGUCCAGAUAAUUGUAAUAAUAAUGGCACAUGCGAAAUCAAACGUUGCCAAUGUCACCAAAAUUAUUCUGGACAAUCUUGUUCGUUGCAUUCGACUCAUCCAGAAGGAAACAGAUGGCAUUGGCUGUCGCAUUCGGAAGGUGGUUUAAGACCACGCGCAGCUCAUACAGCAGUUUAUGUCAAGGAAACUGAUUCUUUAUACAUAUUUGGUGGCUAUGAUUUAAAUUUUAUACUCGGUGAUUUAGAAGUUUAUCGUUUUAGUACUAGCCAAUGGGAAAAUGAACAUGGUAUAGUACUGGAGGGAGCAUCGUCCAUGGAAUAUUUAGAUCCUAGACUUAUUACGCAUGAAUUGGCACAAAUAGAUACAGACGAGGAAGAACGAUAUGGUCUCUCGACUAAAUCGAUUGUUUGGAAGUUACUCAAAAGUAUUGAAAAUAAUAAUGCAUUAGCUCUACAGGAUUUUGCAGCCUCAGAAGCAGCAGGAACAUACAGAUGGAAUAAGUUUAAUAAUAAUUCUAAUCACAGAGAACGCGAAAAGAGUAAUCGAGAAGGCAACGUAAGCAGGAUUGGUACGAGUAAAUAUAAAAUUAUGAGGAAUGAUAGUAUUGAAAAAGUCCAAUCCAUGUUGGAAAGGUAUCGCAGAGAUUUUGAGGAUAUAAACUUGUAUAAAAAGCAUCAUAUCUCUAGAAUAGAACAGAAUGAUGAUGCGAACUGGGAAAGACCAAGUACAAAUGAAACCACAAAAGAAAACUCAUUUAUCCAACAAACUGGAAAACAAAUUGAAGAAGAGAAGCCAAGUCCGCGAUAUGGUCAUGCUGCAUGCAAAUACGAAGGAGGCCUUGUCAUCUAUGGCGGUAAAAUAGAGGAUGGGUCUUUGUCAAAUGAACUUUGGCAUUAUAAUGUUAAAACACGAAUUUGGACAUUGCGCGCUAAGAAUUCUACGUUUUAUCCACCUCGACUUACAAGACAUACUCUUACAUUGGUAAAUGACUAUAUUUAUCUGUUUGGUGGUAGUACAGUGGACGGAGAAUUUUCAUCUAGCCUGUACAAAAUUAGAUUGAACUUUUCUGAUUCUACAUCAACGAGCGAAAAAUGGCUAAAGGUACGCCCUCGUGGUGGAAAAGAAUUAGAUGUUCGUGUUGUUGCCCAUUCAACUGUUUAUCACAGUGCUACUAAUUCUUUACUUGUUUAUGGUGGAGUUGUAGCCAGCGUAGCACGUUUCAGUAAACUUUCAGAUAGAAUGUUUGUUUUUCAAUUGGAUCGAAAAGUUUGGUCUGAAAUUCAUUAUCCAAGAGCACAUUUACGAGAUACUUAUGUGCCUAGAGAGCGUGCAUUUCAUACUUGUAAUAUAAUCGGUAAUUAUCUAGUUGUAUUUGGCGGAUAUUCUCAUAGACACAACAAAGAAGAAAUCUGUUACGACAACCAAAUGUAUCUUUAUCAUUUAGGUUGUCAUACUUGGGUCAGUCAUGACGUUUUAGGAUUAAAUGACAAAGAUUCACGUUAUCCCAAGCAACAAGGUGUCUUCGCACAUGCUUCGGACGUACGAAAUGGGAAUACUUUGUUAUUAGUUGGAGGCUAUCAUGGUAAUGUAAAUGCGGAUUUUCUUGCUUAUACUUUACCACCGAUGCUUGCACCAGGAGAUAAUGAUAAUAUAGAACCAGAACAGAUUUGUGCAAGGCAUAAAAGUUUCACGGAAUGUGCUGCAAAUCCAGAAUGUGGGUGGUGCUCUGCAGACGAGAUAUGCUAUGGAAGAACCAUUGGAAGUAAUUGUACGACAAAUCUUCAAACUACACGGUGUCCUGGCGUUUGUCCUGCUUUGGGCGAUUGUCAUUCUUGUUUAACGCAUGGACAACCUGGUGGUGGUUGGGGUAAAACGUCUCGUGGUAGAAAUUCAGUUUCUAAUAAACUAAACCUUGGAACUUGUACAUGGUGCGUUCAGAAUGCACGAUGUCAUCAUAAAGAUGAUAAUUAUGGAGUUUGUGGUCUUCGAGACGAUACUCCUUCGCAAAUACCAGGUUGGUGGGGAUCAAAGGGUACAGAAAUUACACAAGUGGCAGAAUGUCGAGAAAUGGACAAAAGGCCAGGUUUAACAUUUCUGAAAUAUAAGCCUCCAGUUAAUUUUAGUCAGCCUGAUUCUGUAACCAUAGUCAAUGCCACUACGGUUGAUUUCAAUGUACCAUCCAUGCAAGGAGCAAAAACAGAAUCAGCUUUGGGUGGAGAAAUGAUUGCUAGAUUAACAGGCUUCUUGAGAUUACCAUCGUAUUUUUGGCAUAGCACGAUUGAAAAUUUAAAAAUAUGUGUUAGUUAUAAUAGUGCAACGCUUCAUGUAUCGCGAUCUAAUGAUACACAAAAAUUGGAAUUAGUUGCAAAUUUGACUGCUGAAACAUCUCAAUGCAUACCUACUAAAUGGCCGGACGAGCAGCAAAUGAUGUUGCAACAUGGACGUUAUCUUCUUGAUUUUGAAUCCAAAAGAAUGGUUACAACAAGUUAUGCGUAUGCCAGUAAGAUGGAAAUUACGCAUAGUAAAAAAAUGGAAAAUCCCAAAGUUUUUACUUUCGAAUAUCUUGAACCAUAUCAAAAUGGGACUUGUAAUCAGUACAAGAAUUGUCUUCAUUGUUUGAUAGAUUCUUCGUGCGGUUGGUGUGAUAUUACCAACAAAUGUCUUUCACGUUCUAUUAACGAAACAGAAAGUUGCGCAACAGAUGUAGAAAUAGAUGAAAAUGACAAUCCGAUACGUGAAUGGCAUUAUUUAACUAUCACUCCAUCGGCUUGCUCAAAUUGUUCCAAUUAUAUUUCAUGCGAAUCGUGUGUCGGUAGCACCUUAUGCGAAUGGUGGACAGAGGAUGCUCGGUGUGCAAGAAUAGGUAGAUUACCUAACGCUGUUGUUAGUAUAGAUCAAUGUCCCAUUCCUUGCAGACAGAGAUCUAAUUGUACGCAAUGUUUGGAUGAACGUGGAAGAUGUGUAUGGUGCGAAGCAACGCAAGAAUGUUUUUCAUUUUCAGUAUAUACAUCAGAGUAUCAGUUUGGUUUGUGUAGAGAAUGGAUGGAUCAAGCAGGUUUAAUGGGAGUAACGUCCAGAUCUGGUUCAUCAUUGACGAGUAAUGAUCAAUGUAAAAGUUGUAGUCGACAUACUAAUUGUUCUAGCUGUUUACAUUCGCUGAGCUGUGGCUGGUGUUACAGUUUAGAGAAUCCAAUUAUGGGAGUUUGUGUACAGGGAGACUUUAAUCGAGCUCACGUCAAUUGUAGUUCAACUAUGAACGAAUAUUUAAAUACCACUCUUGAAGCAAACGAAUCAGGCUGGGCGUAUGCUCAAUGCCCAGAUGUAGACGAAUGUGACUUGGGUCUACACGAUUGUCACCAUAAUGCAGUUUGUACUAAUACACACGGUAGCUAUAGUUGUCAAUGUGACAGAGGCUUCAAUGGAGAUGGCAAAGAAAAUUGUACAAAAACAUGUUAUGAAAAAUGUAUUAAUGGAUAUUGCAGCGAGGCACCUGAUUAUAUAUGUCAAUGCAAUCUUGGAUGGACUGGACCAGAUUGUAGAACAAAUUGUGGUUGCUACAAUCAUUCGACUUGUUUUCAAGGACCAGGUAUAUGCGAUAAAUGCCAAAAUUGGACUACCGGUCAAUUUUGCGAAAAAUGUGAAGCGGGUAGUUAUGGCAAUGCCACGACGAUAAUGGGUUGUAAACAAUGUAACUGUAAUGAACACGGAGAUAAGGAUCUAGAUAUUUGUGAUCGACAAACAGGCACUUGCUUCUGUCGCGAUAAUACAGAAGGUGAUAUGUGUCAAAGAUGUAAAAAAGGAUAUUAUGGCGAUCCAAAAAAUGGAGGAAUGUGUUAUUACGGUUGUAUGUCUAGAGGAAUGUUAAGUGGAGAAGGAAAAGGUAAACAAGGCCUUGGCAGUAGACAUUCGCAAAUGUCUCCAUGGGAAAGUCAUUUUGGCGGCGAUUCAUUAACAAGGGAAUGCUUGUGGAUCGUUAGUCCAAAUACCGAUCUCUCAACUGAUCCAAUAUUUCCUAUACAAAGUGUUAUUCAAUUUACGAUACAUGAUGAUAUCAAUGUCAGUUGUCAAGAGAACAAUGUCUAUGUAUACGAUGGACUUCCCGAAUUUGUUUCAUCUUCCAAUUAUCAUCAAAAUCAAUUGGUUGGAGUUUAUUGCACUGAAAGUACGGAUUAUCCUGUUACAGUAGAAGCUAAAUCUGGAUUUCUUACCGUUCACUACAAACAGUUGGACGAAGUUGAAGGAUUUAAUGCAAGCUAUAUCGUAAUGACGUGUGAAAAUUGUCCGAAAAAUCGAGAGUGUAGAAAUCAUAAUUGUUUGUGCAAAGCUGGUUUCGUUGGUAUCGAUUGUAACAUAGAAUUAUGUCCAAAUAAUUGUACUUCAUCGAAAAAACAAGGAAUCUGUGACAAAGGAUACGGUCGUUGCGUUUGUUCGCCUGGUUUUGGUGGAAAUGAUUGUUCGAUUAAAAUUAAAGAACAUCAAUUGGUUUUCACGGAAUUGUUCAAUUCCGAAUAUCUUGCUGAUCAUUUAGAUCAUUUAAGAAAAACCUUGCCACGUUUUGGACAUAGCUUAGUUGCCGAUAGAAGGGGUAGUCUUUGGAUGUUUGGUGGAUACUCCCUUAGUCAUGGGCCAUUGAAUGACAUUAGACUAUUUGAUACUAAGAACAAUACAUGGAUGACUGUAACUGUAGACUCUACACCAGAUGCAUCGAUGCCUCAAGGCAGAUAUUUUCAUGCUGCUGAAAUAGUUCAUAGUAGACAACAGAUAUACGUGUACGGAGGAUUAUCUAUGAAAGACAAAGAAAUUUCAGGAUUAUCCAAUAAUACGUUGGAUGACUUUUGGAAAUUUAGUCUUCAAAAUCAAAGAUGGAGUCAAAUAGUCCAAAAUGAAGUGAAAAAGGAGGAACCACCACCUUUGGCAGGACAUACAUUAACUUUACGUAGAGAUGGAGAAUCCGAAAGUUUAUUACUAAUUGGUGGAUUUAGUCCAAAAUAUGGCUAUUUAGAUACUGUAUGGGAAUUUAAUUUAGAAACUGAAAUUUGGGAUACGAUAAGUACAAAUGGAAAUGGUCCUUUAGUAAUUUAUGGACAUUCAACGGUAUAUCAUAGUAAAUCUGAUAGCUUUUAUGUAUUUGGUGGAUGUACCUAUGUUGCUGGCAAAACCUUUAUUUCCAAUAAGCUUUAUGCUUUAAAUUAUAGAAGUCGUAGAUGGUCCGUUUUACCACCGUUUGAGGAUGAUAUAACUGAUGGUAGCAGCUUACCUCAAGCUAGAUUUCUUCACUCGGCUGUUACAACCGAAGAAUAUAUGGUAAUAUUUGGUGGUCGACAAAAUCCUCGAAGUACUUUUGAUUCUUUAAUAGCAUAUAAAUACUCGUGCAACUUGUGGAUUCGAUUACUAACAAAUGAUAUGGAAAUAAUUGGUAAUCCACCACCGCCGUCAUAUGCGCAUGCUAUGACACACGCUGAUCCGGAAUCUAAUGCUAUUUAUGUUGUUGGUGGUUUCGAUGGUGGGAUUAAGAGUCAUGUUACUUUGAUUAAUAUACCUGAAGACUUGUGCAAUCUGUGGACAAACAAAGUUGCAUGCAGAAAUUAUUUUGGUUGUUCCUUCUGUUCUGUUACUACAAUUUUAGGAACUAAUGCUUCCUAUUGUUUUUCCAACGAAGUAUCACUUAACAGAGGCGACAAAUGUGAUAUUAAUGUGACUCAAGCGCAAAGAUCAAAUGGAGUAUUUUGCAAUUCUGAUUGGAUGACUAGUAGGAAAUGUCAAAACUUUAAAACUUGCACAGAAUGUUUAGCUGAAUGGCCGUAUUAUAAAAAUAAUGAACCUAUUUGUAAAUGGUGCACUAAUUGUCCACAUGGUAAAUGUAUACCACAUGAAAAAAUUUGCGAACAGCAAAACAAGUGCAAUGUUAGACAAAUAUCGAUAGAUGACGUUAAGCAAUGCAGUGAAUUGCAAUGCUCAGCUAAUGAUUGUGAAAAAUGUAAUACCCUUGGCAACUGUGUAUGGACUAGACAAGUUUUACAAACUUCUGAAUUGGGAAUAAAAGUGACAGAUGAACCGAUAUACAAUUGGAAUUGCGUACAGGAAGAUGUCUUUGAAAGAUCAAAUGUAAAAAUGAUCAACACUCAGUGUGAGAAAAGAUGCGCAGAACACAAAGAUUGUAGAAGUUGUUUGAAAGAAACAGGAGAUGAAGGAGGUUGGAAACAAUGUAGAUGGUCCACGCAACUUAACGAAUGUAUCUCACCGUCGUAUCAACCACUUUAUUGUGCUGGUGGAGUGUGUGGUUUAGUAUUACGCAAUUCAGACAUAGAUCAUUGUCCAGAACCAUGUUCAGUUUUUACGCAAUGUAGUACAUGUUUAAAACAUUCCCAUUGUGGUUGGUGUUCUAUGGAUUCUACUAAUAUAACCGGACGAGGUAUUUGUACGGAAGGAUCCUUAGAAGCACCUACGGAACAUCCAGCAGGUGGAACUUGCGAAAUGAUUUAUUACGAAAAGUUCUCUCAUACCGAGCCACCAAUUUUAACCACUUUAUUUCCACAUCACUUAGGAGACUUUGUAUCUCAGGACAGUGUUACUAUGACUUUGUCUAAUUUUUUGAUGGAAUCACCAUUUUCUUGGCAUUACGUGCGUUGUCCGAUGGAGGAUGAAUGUUUAAAUGGUCAUCAUACAUGUUCACCGAAAAGUGAAAAAUGUUUUAACUUGGAUGAGGGAUUUGAAUGCAUGUGUGGCGACGGAUAUAAAACAGAAAUCAGCAGCAGCAGCAGCAGCAGCACAUGGUCAUCUAAUGAGCCUGGAAGGAAAAUUUGUGUGCCAACAUGUAGCCAAGGUUGCGUACGAGGUACAUGCAUCGAACCAAACGUUUGUCAAUGUGAUUUUGGUUACGUGGGAGCUAAUUGUUCCAUUCAAUGUCAAUGCAAUGGUCAUAGCAAUUGUGCAGGACCAGACAAAUUAGAUGUAUGUUUAAAGUGCCAUAAUAAUACGAUGGGACGUCAAUGCAGUAAAUGCUUACCUUUGUACGUUGGAAAUCCUGCAGACAAUGGACAAUGUAUACCAUGCUUGGAAUAUUGUAAUGGACAUACACAUAUCUGUAUUAAUGAGAGCAUGACUGUUCCGAAUCCUAAUUCUGUUGACAAAAUGUCCAUAGAACUAUUGAAAAAGCAAUUGGGAGAAGGUCCUAUAGCAACAGCUAAAUGUGUUAAUUGUGGAAACAACACGAAGGGUGAUAAAUGUGGAGAAUGUAUGGUGGGUUAUUUUAGAGGAACAGAAGAUCUACGCGAUGUUUGUCGUCCUUGCGAAUGUCAUGGUCAUGGAUUUACUUGUGACCCAGUGACAGGCGAAAAAUGUAAUUGUGGUAAUAAUACAGAGAGUGAACCAUCUUGCACUAGUGGUCCUAUAAAAGCUACAAAUAUGGGUGGUACACCCUGUUGGAUGGUUCAGUGCAGUAAGUGUAGAGAAAACUAUGCAGGAACGCCAACUAUGGGCCAUCAAUGUUAUAAAACUGUUACCGUUGAUAACAAAAUGUGCUUUGACUCAAAGUUAAUAGGAUUGUAUGAUGAGUGCAAGAUGAAACCGAAACCAUUGAAUCCUGGACAAACUGUAUUUUAUAUGGUACAACCUCGAUUCAUGAAUGUAGAUAUUAGAGUGAUGGUUGAUGUUACGCAAGGUGCCUUGGAUCUUUUUUUGAGUCCUCGCGAUGACUCGUUCGUUGUUACAUUAAAUUCCUCCACAGGUUAUCAAGAUGUUGAAUUGGAUAGCAGAUUUAAAUGUAUAUAUAGGUGCAAAGAUCAUCAUGAUUCGUGGUUAGAAGAUCCACAACAACGUAGUAAAAUUAGGAUCGUGGAAUUUCAUUCGCGCAACUCUUAUUCUUUCUCAAAUAAUAAUAAUAAUAGUACUGCAGAACCAAGUUUGACUUCUACCGGCCUUCACUAUAUAGUGAUAGAACAAUCUGCAGAUAAAUUUGCUACAUUCAAGACAAUCGAUAAAAGAAAUACAUUUUUAAUUAUCAGGAAUCUGACAAAUCGAUUGGUUUUAACAUUACCACAAGAUAAACAUGAACUUGGUCAAACCAAAUUUCAUAUUGCUUUAAGAGCAAUCGAUACCUAUAAUCCAGAUGCUAGUAGUAGAGCUGCAUACGGGAUGAUCUUUUUUCGACAAGAUCAAUUACACAUCGAUCUUUUUGUUUUCUUCUCAGUUUUCUUUUCUUGUUUCUUUCUUUUUUUGGCUGCUUGUGUUGUAGCCUGGAAAACUAAACAAGCAGCAGAUGUACGUAGAGCACGGAGAAGACAUGUCGUGGAAAUGUUACAUAUGGCUAAUAGGCCAUUUGCUACGGUUACCAUUCUUUAUGACAGAGAUGGGAACAAUUGUAGUCCAAGUUCACCACAACGCAAGAAUAGACGUAACAAAGCUAUAAGUUCUCACAAUGAUGUCAGACCAGUUGCAGUAGAACCGACUGAUGAUGGUAAUGCAGCUGUAGCUACGGUUUUCAUCAAACUACCCGGGGGACAGCAAGCUCCUGUUAAAUUAGCUCUUGGUAGCUCAUUAAUACUUUUAACCAGGCUCUAUCCGGUUAAUAGCAGAGUGUUUCUAAGGCGCAGAAACAGUCAUGCAUAAAGUCGUCAGGUCAGUAUGAUUGAUGAUUAUGUAUUAUAUAGAACCGGUGGUUAUUUUUAUUAAAUAUUAUU